CGCCCCGCGCCUGCCUUUCUGUACCCUUUGCGCCAGGCAGAGCGGGCGGCCGCGGCUGCAGAAACCCCGGGGGUGGGCGCACGCAGGCCGGGAGACGCACGGACAGACGGACGGACGGACGGAGAGGACCCGCUCCAGCCCCCGCGCCAUGGCCGAGAGGAAAGCCUCCGGGAAGGCGGCCGAGGACGAAGAGGUCCCUGCCUUCUUUAAAAACCUAGGCUCGGGCAGCCCCAAGCCCCGGCAGAAAUUCUGUGGCAUGUUUUGUCCGGUGGAAGGGUCCUCGGAGAACAAGACCAUCGACUUCGACUCGCUGUCGGUGGGCCGGGGCUCGGGGCAGGUGGUGGCUCAGCAGCGGGACGUCGCCCACUUGGGCCCCGACCCGCAGCCGCCCUACUCGCGGCAGGGCCGGCGGGAGCCAUCUGUUGAAUCGGGCCGCAAGGUGGAGAUCCGGAGGGCCUCGGGCAAGGAAGCCCUGCAGAACAUCUACGACCAGAGUGAUCGGCUUCUGAUCAAAGGAGGCAAAAUUGUUAAUGAUGACCAGUCAUUCUAUGCAGACAUAUACAUGGAAGAUGGGUUGAUCAAGCAAAUAGGAGAAAACCUGAUUGUGCCAGGAGGAGUGAAGACCAUAGAAGCACAUUCCAGGAUGGUGAUCCCUGGGGGGAUUGAUGUCCACACCCGCUUCCAGAUGCCAGACCAGGGGAUGACCUCUGCUGAUGACUUCUUUCAAGGCACCAAGGCAGCCCUGGCCGGCGGAACCACUAUGAUCAUUGACCACGUCAUUCCUGAGCCUGGGACAAGCCUGCUGGCUGCCUUUGACCAGUGGAGGGAAUGGGCUGACAGCAAGUCCUGCUGUGACUACUCUCUGCAUGUGGAUAUCACCGAGUGGCAUAAAGGCAUCCAGGAGGAGAUGGAGGCUCUGGUGAAGGACCACGGGGUGAAUUCCUUCCUUGUGUACAUGGCUUUCAAAGAUCGCUUCCAGCUAACAGAUUCCCAGAUCUAUGAAGUGCUGAGUGUGAUCCGGGAUAUUGGUGCCAUCGCCCAAGUCCAUGCAGAAAACGGCGACAUCAUUGCAGAGGAGCAGCAGAGGAUCUUAGAUCUGGGCAUUACCGGCCCUGAGGGACAUGUUUUGAGCCGGCCCGAGGAGGUGGAGGCUGAAGCAGUGAAUCGCUCGAUCACCAUCGCCAACCAGACCAACUGUCCCCUGUACGUCACCAGGGUGAUGAGCAAGAGUGCGGCCGAGGUCAUCGCCCAGGCCCGGAAAAAGGGAACUGUGGUGUAUGGUGAGCCCAUCACUGCCAGCUUAGGAACUGAUGGCUCUCACUACUGGAGCAAGAACUGGGCCAAGGCUGCAGCUUUCGUCACCUCUCCACCCCUGAGUCCUGACCCAACCACUCCGGACUUUCUGAAUUCCUUGCUGUCUUGUGGAGAUCUCCAAGUGACUGGCAGUGCCCAUUGUACUUUUAACACUGCCCAGAAGGCUGUAGGAAAGGACAACUUCACUCUCAUUCCUGAAGGUACCAAUGGCACUGAGGAACGGAUGUCUGUCAUCUGGGAUAAGGCUGUGGUCACUGGGAAGAUGGAUGAGAACCAGUUUGUGGCAGUGACCAGCACCAAUGCAGCCAAAGUCUUCAACCUUUACCCAAGGAAGGGCCGCAUUGCUGUGGGAUCUGAUGCUGACCUGGUCAUCUGGGACCCUGACAGCGUUAAAACCAUCUCUGCUAAGACCCACAACAGCGCUCUCGAGUACAAUAUCUUCGAAGGCAUGGAGUGCCGUGGGUCACCACUUGUCGUCAUCAGUCAGGGGAAGAUUGUCCUGGAAGAUGGCACUCUGCAUGUCACUGAGGGCUCUGGGCGCUAUAUCCCCCGGAAGCCCUUCCCUGAUUUUGUUUACAAGCGGAUCAAGGCAAGGAGCAGGCUGGCAGAGCUCAGAGGAGUUCCUCGUGGUCUGUAUGACGGACCUGUGUGUGAGGUGUCUGUGACACCCAAGACGGUCACUCCUGCCUCCUCGGCCAAGACGUCUCCUGCAAAGCAGCAGGCCCCUCCUGUCCGGAACCUACACCAGUCUGGAUUCAGCUUGUCUGGCGCUCAGAUUGAUGACAACAUUCCCCGCCGCACCACCCAGCGUAUCGUGGCUCCCCCUGGUGGACGUGCCAACAUCACCAGCCUGGGCUAGAGUUCUUCGCUGCCCACUGGGAGUGUGGGACAGGACGUCUGUCUGAGGACAUUCUAAGACUUCCUUCCUUCCUUCCAACCUUCCUUCCUUCCUUCCUUUUUUUUUAAGAGCCUGUGAUAGUUACUGUGGGGCAGCCAGUUUAUGGGGCUCCCUCUGGGACCCCUCCUUCCAUCCUUUACACAGAGUCACUGAUUUUGCUCACCCACUUCCCUCCAUUCUACAGAUAUUCACACACAAGUCUGUCCACCAACCCCAAUCACCAGAACCACAUUCAACAUUCAGACAUAUAAACAAAGCAAAUUACGAGGAGGGUCUUUUUCCUCUUUCUCACCUUUGUUGUCCUUAAUCAUCUUCCUUUUCAGAGGGGGUGGGGAAGAUAAAGUGAAUUGCCCAGAGCUGCCUUUUUCUUUUUAAAAUUUUUUAGAAAAAGUUUUGUUCAUGGGGGUGGGAGGGCUAGGUAGGGUAGGAAGGGGGAGGUUUUUUUUUUUAAGUACUAAAUUGGAAAGCUUAAUUCAAUACUAAUUCUAUACAAGGGUUUGAACUGGACAUCCUAAUGAUGCAAUCAUGUAACUAACCAUCAAGCUGAUUCAGGAUUGUUGGCAAAUGUCCCAUCAUCCUGAGAGGCUCCAAAAUGUCCACAUGCCAUCUGUAGUCUUUCUUGUGGGUCACCUGUACGUAAAGGGCAGAUUUUCAUGUUAGCCUAGAUUUUGCUGCAGAUUAAGUCUAUGGAGGACUCAGUUGUUUCUCCUGUUUGCCUCUUUUCCACUUUUCUCUCUCUCUAAAUUAAAGACUCCACAUCUUUCUCUUUUCACUGUGUUUCCUCUAGCCCUUGGCUCUGAGAUGCUGAUUUUUCUCUCUUUUCUACAUUUUCAUUCCAAAUGAUCAGGUCUAUUAAUUUACUGUGGUCAUAAGAACCUAUCGAGAAGGAUUUGAGCUUGGUUGGCAACCAUAGUAAGACUCUGUCCCUCUCCACAAAAGAUUGGUGCUGCCACCAUUUGGAAGAAAUGCAUUUGAAAUAGAUGCCAUGCCCUGUGCAGGGAAAAGGGUCCAAGUUAUCUAAUCACACUAUCCUGUGUGGGACCAAGAGUGGAACCAUACCAAGAAGUUCAAGUCUGAGGCUACAGGAUAUCAGUUUUUCCUCUGUGCACUCUGUGCAAUGUUAGUGACUAAAUAGCCAUCGAAUCUGUAAUUUGAGUUCCUUAACCAAGUGAACUAACUAGUCUCAAGUAACCCAACCAGAAGUGUUGAAUAAGUGGGAGUCUGACCCAUAAUUAAUUGUUUUGUGCAGUGUCUUUGGAAUUAUAAGGCAUAUGGUGACUUCUUUUUGGGGAAAGAGGUGGAGACAAUCUCAGUUUUUUCCUCCACAUAUUAAAAAAUAAAAUAAAACACUAAUAAAGUAUAGGUAGCCCUUCUGAACUCAGAAAACCUUCGGGAAAUUUGACCUAAAAUUUAUUUCACUUGGCCAGAGCUAGGGAAACUAGUUUUCUUAGUGGUUCGUCAUGUUAGUGCUGUGGUAGGAAGGACUCACUUUGUGUUAACCGUGUGGUCUUGAUUAAGGCCACGGCUGAGCUUGGGGUCUGUUUCCCUUUCCUGUCUCCUCAAUAAUACUUUCCACCAGCUGCCUCUGUGCUCAUCUCCACCUCUGCUGAUCUGUGUCAUGUUUCCUUCCAGCCAAGUUUACAGGUUAUCCUGAGCUCUCUCCUAAUGUUAUGUUGGCAGGCUUUUAUAAAACCAAAUCUGCUUUUGUAAAGCAUAACACAAAAACAUAGGUCAUUCCAUCAUCACACUUGUCUCCGUAUUUUUUGCCUUUGGGGUUAUGGUAGGGUGUAUUUUUUUUGUUGUUGUUUAUUUGUUAUUUUAAAAGUAAAUUGCACUUUUAAAGAAUAAUUGGUUAACUUAAUAUAUUUGCUUUCUUUUCUCAUCUGCACUUAGAGGAAAUUUAAACAAGUCGGAAAAAAUCUUUUUGUUUCAAUUCUAAGAAACACUUGCAGCUCUUUAGUAUUCACUUGAGUCUUCCUGUUUUUCCUGUAUGAACUCAUGGUGAUUUUUGGUUAUUUUCACUGUUUUCUUAAAGCAACUUAAAACCUGAAAAUUUCUGCAGGCUGUGUCAGCAUGUUUACCUGUUGGCUUGCUUUGUGUGUCUGUUAAAUGAAUGUCAUAUGUAAAUGCUAAAAUAAAUGGACAGUGUCUCAGAACUGAGUAACUGCAGUGACUUGAUGCUCUAAAACAGUGUAGGAUUUAAUAAUAGAUGGUUUUUAAUCUUUGGAAUUGUGAUUGUGACCCAUGAGUGGAGGAACUUUCAAUGCUAAAGCUGAUAAUAUGUGUAGCCAGAAGAGUAUCUUUGAAUUUUUGUUUUGUUUCAUUUUUUUUUUUUUGGUAACCACUGUCUUAAUGGCAAAAUAAUUAUGGUAAAAAAAAAAACCAAGUCUCGUGUUUAUUAUUCCCUCAGAACGCUGUGUUAUAUUACCAUGGAACACCUAAUAAAGCAAACUGUGGUUGUUUCA